AUGUCCCUUCUGAAUCUGGAGCAGAAGGGGGAAUUCUUCAUCCGAGAUGAUCCAGAAUCCACUCCACCGAUCUCGUCAUUCGACCAAAAACAGCCAUUCCCACCCCUACCCCCCGAUGAGCUUGAAACAACAGGGGAAGCUCCAGAUAACAGCUAUCCAGAUGAAGACGAUCAGGAUAUAGUUUCCUCUCCGCAUCAUGGAGUCGAAGUAGGGGACGAUUUGGACUUCCACUCUCACUACUCUCUAGGCGAUCAAUCCUUCUCCGAUGCCUCUACGGACUCGAACGAUGAGCAGUCGCCCGAGGAUGGGAUCGCGAUGCACCGUCCUUUCCGGCAGUCAGCCAGCUCACUUCACGGACCUAAUGCAUUUGCGCCGCCAUUCUACAACAGGCCUCCGACUCCGUUGCCGCCAUCCCCAUCGUUGACGUCUUUGCUUAGGCCCCCUUUCUCCACCACCACCUCGCGGCCAACCACUCCUGAUAGCUCCGACGUUGAGACGCCCAAUGAUACUGAAGCAGCUGUCGCAAAGUCGGCGCGAAGGGCGACAACCGUGCCUCGAGCAAGUCCAAAGGUGCCGACUUAUGAGUAUUAUGGAUUUGUCUUAUACCUCGCAUCAUCACUGGCGUUCUUGAUUUACAUCCUUUGGUCGUAUCUUCCAUCGCCAUUUCUACACCAGCUUGGAAUUUACUACUACCCCAACCGUUGGUGGUCGCUGGCGAUUCCGUCCUGGCUAGUCAUGUCCAUCAUCUACAUUUAUGUCGCCCUGGCAUCCUAUAACACCGGAUACCUGACCUUGCCGAUGAAUAGCGUGGAGAAUAUCGUGGACGAAGUUGCCAAUGUAGCGGUCAUUGAUGGAAAAGGCAGACGACGACCGGGCGGGGCAGCAAAAAUGCGACCUGGCGCGACUUCGUUCCAGAUCAUGGGUCCGCAGAACCGAAGAGUGAACUGGAAGGAGAUUUGGAGCGAAGGGACGGACGCGGUCCUAGAUGUCCCGGUCGGUGGAGUGUGCGAAGUACUCUACGGCCAGGAAAGGGACGAUGAAGAGGAUUGUGAAGAAAGUGUAGCUUCGUAG